GACGGCGACCGAAGGAAACAUUGGAAACCACAGCUCUCUCGCCCAUCUCUGCAAUCACUCAUUGGCAGCUGCCAUGCCAUCCCGCCAUGUCUCUCUACUCCGAAGAUGAGGAUCGCGUUCCUCCGGAUACCUUCUCCGAUUCCUCUUUCACGGCAUCGAGCCUCAGCGGCUCCGAUAGCGGCAGCUUCAGCGGCAGCGAAGACGACGAAUCCCCUCCUCUCCCCGUGCUCACCAACUACUUCGCGCCGCCCUUCUACGGACGCCCACCGACGCCCUUGCCGCCGUCGCCGUCCCUGACGUCGCUCCUGCGCCCCUCGCGGCCGACGACGCCCGAUCCCUCCGACGAUGACAUUGAGCCCGUACCCCGCGCCUCGCCCAAGGUGCCGACCUACGAAUACUAUGGCUUCGUCCUGUACCUCUUCUCGACGCUGAGCUUCCUCGUCUACCUGCUGUGGUCGUACCUGCCGUCGCCCUUCCUGCACGUCCUCGGCAUCUACUACUACCCGAACCGCUGGUGGUCGCUCGCCAUCCCGGCGUGGAUCACGAUGCUGCUGGUGUACAUCUACGUGGCGCUGGCGGCGUACAAUACCGAGGUCAUGACGCUGCCGAUGGCGUCUGUCGAGACGAUUGUCGACGACACGGCGCAGGUGGCUGUCAUUGACAGCAAGGGCAGGAUACGGCACGGUGCAAAGAGGAGACAGAAAGACAAGAGGGAUCGCAGGAUCAACGGAGGGCCAGGACUGAACUGGAAGGAGAUUUGGAACGAGGGUACCGACGCUGUCAUGGACGUCCCGCUGGCAGGAGUUUGUGAGGUGCUCUACGGGGAUAUCGAUGUGGGUGACGGGAACGGACUGCUAUGA